AUGCCGAACGAUAGGGUGAUGCAAUUUGAAGAAAAGUACGCCAUAGUGAAGGGCGAUCCCCUCGGAAAGGGGACCUACGCUGUCGUCUACAAGUGCAUCGAUCGCAAGACAAGAAAGGAGUUUGCAGUCAAGAUUGUGGACAAGAGCAUUGCCGGACCCAAGGAUAUGGAUAACCUCGACUUUGAAAUACGUGUGAUGGAGAGGGUUGGGUUCCACCCGCAUGUGGUUCGCCUUAUUGAUUAUUAUAAGACUGAAAAGCACAUUUACCUUGUCUUGGACCUUCUUACAGGUGGUAUGCUGUUUAGCCGCAUUGUGGAGUUGUCGCACUACAGUGAGCGGUAUGCCGCGAACCUCGUUCGGAACUUUCUUUCUGCGCUAGCGCACAUCCACUCCAAAGGUAUCAUACACCGCGAUCUGAAGCCCGAGAAUCUGCUACUGCGGCAUAGCAAGGGAUCGUCUAUCAACCGCCUGUCAUACCAUUCGGAUGUGUGUAUCGCUGACUUUGGGCUUGCGGGUACCAUUCCCAGCCGCGUGUGCUGCGGUUCACCAUCCUACAUUGCGCCCGAGGUGAUCAAUGUGGGUUACUACCACAGACAACAAGAGCCGUACAAUGAAAAGUGUGACGUCUGGUCGUUAGGGGUGAUUACGUACAUUCUUCUUUCUGGGAGAAUGCCUUUCUUCGGUUCGACACACAAUGCCAUUUUUUCUCGCAUUGUUUCCAACCAAUGGACGUUUUCGGAUGAUAUUUGGGAUAACAUAUCGCCGGCAGCUAAGUCUUUUGUAAGCGCAUGCAUGACACCUGACCCGAAGCGUCGCCCUUCUGCGAACGAUCUACUAAAGCACGCAUGGAUUGAUUCUCUGCAGCCUGACGUACACCUGUGCGCGAGCAUUAAGGAACUUAAGCACUUCAAUGCGCAGGAAAAGUUUCGCGCCGCUGCGCGUGUGUUUUGUACCACCCGCGCCCUGCUCGGGCAGCUCGACCACACACCGCCCUUCAUGAAAUACUUACGCCACAAGGACAGACUUUCGACUGUGAUUGAGGUGCAGUCGCAGACGGACUCUUCCAAGACACACUACGUCGAUUUUGGAAAGGCAUUGUCGAAAGGCAAAGGCUGGCGCUUGCAAAACUGCUGCACGUGUGCAUCCGAGCUUGUCUGCCGGCACAUUCAGAAUGUUCACGAGUACCUCUUUGUCGGCAACCGCAGCAUGGACAUCCUUCCCUUCAUUGAUGAGCUGGGACUCAUGAAGGCUGAUGCUGCGCAUGAGGUCAAAGAAGGCCGUAACAAAUCAGAGGUACGUGAGCGUCUUGCAAAGGUGACACAUGUGAUUGAGGCAGCACGUGCGCUUUCCGAUGCACUUGCCGUAGUGCCUGAGGAGCAGCGCAAACCCCACUUGAUGCUUCAUACUCCAUAA